UAUUUCGCCCCUUUUUAAUAAUAAUAUUUCACCCCACUACCAGAAAUCUCAUCGAAGAGAGAGAGAGAGAGAGAAGAGAGAGUUGAUGAGGAGAAAAGCUCGGGGCGGAAAAGGGAGCAGCAAUACGAAGAGCCGGAACAGCGUCAUGGUGAAAGGCACGUUGUCGAAUCAUUUGAUGGUGCAGCUGGAUCAAGUCUCGCUGAAGCCCUCCCGGUUCCAGAAGCUUCUCGAAUCUGAAGCUCAUUCCGACACCAUGCCCCUCGAUUUCGAUGCCGAUGCCGCCGACGACAAAGAUUUCAUCCUCAGCCAGGAUUUCUUCUGUACCCCUGAUUAUAUUACUCCGGAGAUGCCAGCAAUUGGAAGCAACUUAGAUUGGAGCAAGGAAAAUAUUCAAUGUCCCAAAUCGCCAGAGAAAUUUAAGACCGUUAGGAGCAAGCGGCAAAAACUCGAGGUUGAUCUAAAAACAUCUUUCGGAUCAAGUGAUAUUGGUCAUCCACCAUUUGAUGAUUUGGGAAUGGAUACUUUGAGGACCGAUGGAGUGAAGAUAGAAACACCAGUUGAAUUACAAAAUAGUCGUGGUGGUUAUGUUUCACAAUCUGCAGUGGCUUUACGAUGCAGAGUUAUGCCUCCUCCAUGCCUGAAGAAUCCAUAUGCCAAGAAUGCUUCGGACUUUGAUGCUGAUCCGUUUAGCAAUCAAAGAUCAAAAUGUGCAGGUUAUUACUCUGCUGGUAUUGGUGGUGAUGGCCUUUCACGCUAUCGGACAGAUUUCCAUGAAAUUGAGAAAAUUGGUAGUGGAAACUUCAAUCAUGUUUUCAAAGUGCUGAAGAGGAUUGAAGGUUGCAUGUAUGCGGUGAAAAUUAGCAUGAAACAGUUGCAUCAGGAAACAGAAAGGCGGAAGGCUUUGAUGGAAGUUCAAGCUUUGGCAGCUUUAGGGUACCAUGAGAAUGUAGUUGGCUACUACUCUUCUUGGUUCGAGAAUGAGCAUCUCUACAUCCAGUUGGAGCUGUGUGAUCACAGCCUUUCUGUCAAUACAUUACCCAAAUUAUUGACAGAGAUAGAAGCUUUAGACGCCAUGUAUCAGAUUGCAAAAGCAUUGCAGUUUAUACACAGCAGAGGCAUAGCUCACUUAGAUGUAAAGCCAGAUAAUAUUUAUGUAAAAGAGGGAGUUUAUAAACUUGGUGAUUUUGGUUGUGCAACUACGAUUGAUAAAAGCUUGCCAGUUGAAGAGGGUGAUGCACGCUAUAUGCCCCAAGAAAUCCUCAACGAGAACUAUGAUAAUCUAGACAAAGUUGAUAUAUUCUCCUUAGGAGCUUCCAUCUAUGAACUCGUGAAGGGGUCGCCCUUACCUGAAUCGGGUCCCCAUUUUCUCCAUCUUAGGGAAGGAAAGCUACCUCUUCUUCCAGGCCACUCAAUGCAGUUCCAGAAUUUAAUCAAGGCCAUGAUGGAUGCUAAUCCAGUUCGGAGACCAUCUGCUGGAGACCUAGUUCAAAAUCCAAUUUUUGGGAGGCUCCUAAAGAUGAGGAAAAACAUCUAAAUUGAAUGCAUGGAAUCAGUUCUUUUGACAAGAGCACCUGUAUAUUUUUUGCCAUGGUAGAAGGGAAUAUGGAAAAAGGAGUUGAGAGAAGGAAAUGUUCCACAUUUUUGAGCACCAGAUUUUCCAAUGUGACGGUGCAUGGCUUAAGGAGCCCAGUGGAGGAAUAUAUAUACGGAAGACUUCACUCUUCAGGUAAAGAAACUGUGCCAAAACCAUUGUUCCCUCUACGUACAUGCACCAGAUUUUUACCAAUAUGAUGGUGCUAGUUAUUGUAUAAAACUGGAGAAAUGUAAAGAACUAGCUUCUUUUCGCAAUCAUGGUAAUAGUGGAAGAAGCUCAUUAUGUUCUCUUUC